AUGCCAGUUGGUCAACUCCAGUACUUUCGAUCCAGAAUUGACGGCAAGUUACACCCCUGUGCGGUAUGUUCAACUGAUACAAGAGACGAACCGAAGCCCUUAAUUGUAGAGGUCAGUCCUGGCGCACUGGGGAAUCUAUCCGGCGCAGUCGAGUUGACUGAACAGAUUGCAGGGAUUGCUGCUAAACACAAUCAAUCGUGUAUCGUCCUCAGACCAACAGGACGGGGUUCCGGUUCUGUUUAUCAAAACUACGGCGAAAUCGAUGUCCUAGAAGCUAUCGAACAUGUCGCCUCAAAUUACGCCAUCGAUCGAGAUCGCAUUACAAUCACCGGCAGCUCGAUGGGUGGUGCCGCAACGUGGUAUCUGAUCUCGCACUAUCCUGAUCUUUUCGCAGGUGCUGCGCCGUUUUGCGGUUAUUGCGACUAUCGACUGUGGGAAAAGCCGGGAGGACUCACGUUCCACAUGCACGAAUGGGAAACACCCUCUUGGUGUUCUAGGUCUGCUGCAUUUCUCAUCGAAAAUCUCUCUCAUACGCCUGUUUGGAUAAUCCACGGUGAAUGGGAUCGGGGGAUCGGCGGCGGUGUUCCGGUUGAGCAUUCCCGUCAAAUGGCACAACUUAUGGGAGAGCGGGGCUAUAGGCACAAAUAUACAGAGGUCCCUAAAACGGGUCAUGGAUGCCGCCUCCCUGAUAUAUGGGAAGAAGUAAUCCUUUGGCUGCUGAAGCAGCGGAAGCAGCGAUCUCCGGAUCGCGUUUCACUGGCAACCUAUAAUCUGCGUCAUAAUAAAUCAUACUGGGUCGUGGUAGAUCAGUUGUUACACUACGGUGAGCGAGGAGCGGUUAAUGCGUAUUUCGUCGAGGACAACCACCUCGUCGUCGAUACUGAGAAUAUCCGCACCUUCUCGCUUGGACCAAUUCAGAAGAACGAACCGGUCGAUGUAACAAUUGAUGGCCAAAAGUUUGAACUAAUGAACUUAAGUCAUCAGAAUCAGUUUCAACGAGGUCCUAAAGGCGUUUGGGCGCAUGGCAAUUUUGAUCUCUCCACUGAGAAGCGUCACCGGGCAUCGGGCCCCAUAAGCAAUCUUUUUUUCGAUGGUCUUAUCCUUGUGCCCGGCACAGUUGGGACAGAGGAAGAAACAUUUUUUAACAAAUGGAUUGCCGAGAACGCGGUCGGAUACUAUCGCAGUCGAAAUGGGGGAGUACAUCGCGGUGGUAUCAUGGGGGAUAAUGCUGUCCAACUCCCUGUCAUCCCUGACGUUGAGCUCACCGAAGAUCUCCUGCAAACGAACAACCUGCUCCUAUACGGCGUCUAUGAUUCUAACGCCAUCCUAUCGCGAUUUGAAGCCAGCUAUAGCUCCGCACGCAUUAUAGACCCGAAGACAGGUGCCGAGUUCAGAUAUAAAGCAAGACUGGUAGAGGUUGCUCCUGUGGUUGAUGGUUUUCUUGACGACCCAGUAUGGGACGAUGCUAUAUCUGCCGCCCUAGACCAUGAUGUCAAAGAGGAUCGGCGUUGGGAAGAUCUUAGUGACUUCAAAGCGACUUUUGCUGCUGUAUGGCGCAACGCCUCUCUCUACAUAGCCAUUGAACUGACCGAUGAUCAAAUCGAAACCGCUCACGAAAAACUCACCAUGCAAGACCGCCUAGAGAUCUAUCUAGAUAUAGGACAUUCGGGCCAGCAGAGCGACCUAUCUCGCUACACACUUCCCGUUGGAAAAGACGUCAUGGCGGCUGGUAAUCAGGGACUGUUGGUUAAUUGGGGGAAUGGGGGGCAAUCCGUAGAAUUGAGUUUUGACUUGAUGCAGACACCGAGGAAAGAGGAUACCAUCAGCUUUGGGAUUUACUAUUACGACGUAGAUGACGAUCGCCUGAAUCACAAACUUCGCUGGGGUCCAGCCGGACAAAGUGAACCGGAAGAUGCCCUUGCGGAUCUGAUGGCGUUUAAUGUCAAAAAACGUGGGAAAUUGACCUAUUACUAUCAAGGAGAUCAUCCGGUGUUGUCUCCUUUGGUCACCGAGACGUUGCCAGACGGGGAUCUGAAAAUCUACUUUUCGGGUCUAACGGGAGGAUAUUCGGCAAAAGGAGUCCUGAACCUCGAUGAACUGGUCUCGAUGGAUCCAGAGCAGGAGAUCCCACUGGUAUUCAAAAGUUGGGAGUCUUGGUUGAAAGAAGCGGGUAUUUGUGAUUCUCUGAGGGACGUAGAUUUCAUUGAGGUUCACGCCUUCGGUUGUCAGCCCAAAGCUCCAAAUCCGCUCGUCGAUCCGGCGGGUUACGCAGCAGAGCAGGAACGGCUACGCAAAGCUUAUGCUCAAGCGUAUAGUAGUUUUUUCCGUGACUACCUACCGGAAAACGGUGUGCCUGCUCGGUUCACAGUCCAUGUAGUUGAUGUUCCAGAUACAGCAGCUUCCUAUGAGUUUUAUGGAACCGCACUCUACCAGAAAGCACUACAAAAAUAG